AUGGGGAAAAAGAAAGUCUCAAUCAAAGAAAGAAUACCCAAAAGUGCUCCGAAAGAAGCCAAGGACUCUAAGAAGUCUAAUAAGCAACAAGUUGCUGCUCCAGUUGCUAAAAAGGAAAUCAAGGAUCAAAGUGAAGAUGUUGAAAUGAUCGACCCUAAAGACGAAGAAGGAAAAGAAGAAAAGGAUUCUAGUGAUGAAGAGGAAGAAGUCGAAGAAGAAAUAGAAGAAGAAGAAGAAGAAGAAGAACCUAAGGUUCAAACAGAAUACGACGCCUAUUCUGAAGAAGAAAGGAAACUUUUGGCCAUGGAUGAAGAGACUCUCGAAGAUACAACAUUUGCCGAGCUCGAUCUGGACUCACGAUUACUUCAAGCUCUUUCAUUGAUCAAGCUCUAUAAACCUACGCCGAUUCAGGUCAAGGCAAUUCCUCUUGCACUUGGUUUGAAAAAGGAUAUUAUUGGCCGCGCAAAGACAGGUUCUGGUAAAACCGUGGCAUACGCAAUCCCUAUUGUGGAGAGCAUUCUGCAAGAAUCUGUCAAGUCACAGAGCGAAACCUCGUCUACACAUAAGGGUGCUGUGGGUAACCGUGCGAUUAUUCUUGUGCCAUCUAGAGAACUGGCUGACCAAGUCGCCAAGCUGUUCAAGUCUCUGACCAUUUUCGCAGACAAGCUUGUGGGAGUGGUUAAUGUGUCGUCGCAACAGUCAUCAUCAGCUACUGCCACGACAUCUUCAGAAAAUAUUAUGGCAUCGUUGCUGGCUACAAAGCCAGCCAUCAUUGUCGGGACUCCAGCCAAAGUGCUUGCCCAUAUCCAAAGUGGAUCGAUUGAUGCGAGUGCAAUUUCGUAUUUAGUCAUUGACGAAGCGGAUUUGAUAUUGUCAUAUGGGUUCCGGGAGGACUUGGAUGCUCUGGCUCAAUUGUUGCCGGUUAAAAAGACCAUUCAAACAUGGCUGAUGUCAGCCACUAUUAGUGAAGACAUUAACGAUAUCAAGGCUGCGUUUUGCCGGAAAAAUCUUGCAGUGUUGCGACUGGAAGACAAUGUAGGAGAAGCUGGAGGGGCUUCAUCCAAUAAGUUAUUGCAGUACUAUGUGAAGACUUCAGAAAUUGACAAGUUUCUGCUAAUUUAUGUGAUUUUCAAGCUUAGAUUGAUUCGGGGUAAGACAUUAAUUUUUGUCAACAAUAUCGAGCGAUGUUACCAACUGAAACUGUUUUUGGAACAAUUUGGUAUUAAGUCAAUUGUUUUAAACUCGGAGCUGCCUAUUGCUUCGCGAUUACACAUUGUGGAGGAGUUUAACAGGAAUGUUUAUGAUUUGCUUAUUGCUACGGACGAAAACACGCAUUACAUGGAAGAUGGAGAGAAGGAUGAGGAAGAAGAAAAAGAAGAAGAGCAAGAGCAAGAAGAAGGGAAAGAAACUCAAAAAAAGAGGAGACGAAAUAAAAAGUCUAAAUUUUCAUCCGAUAAGGAAUAUAGUGUUUCACGUGGAGUUGAUUUCCGGAAUGUUGCAUGCGUUCUUAACUUUGAUUUACCGACAUCUGCCACGGUUUAUACUCAUCGCAUUGGACGUACAGCAAGAGCCAACAAGUCAGGAAUGGCAUUGUCGUUUGUUGUUCCUCGUAAAGACUGGCGCAAGAAGGAAUACCGGACGGCAAGUUUAGAUACGGCCAAGAAGGAUGAAAAGGUUCUUGCAAGAGUGAUGAAGCAUCAAGAAAAGAAGCGAGCUAAAGCAUUGAAGAGAUUAGGAUUGGAUGAGGAACAGAUUGCAUCAUCUAGUGGAGUGCCCGAGGGGUAUAGUGAGAAUGAUGCAGCAGUUAUUAUUCAGCCCUAUGUAUUUGAUAUGAAGCAGAUGGAGUCAUUCCGGUACCGUAUGGAGGGAGCUUUUAGAGCGGUGACUAAGAUGGCAGUUCGCGAGGCUCGGAUUAAGGAGAUUCGUCAAGAGUUGUUGACGUCGGAGAAACUAAAGCGGCAUUUUGAAGAGAACCCAGAAGAUUUGGCAUUUUUGCGACAUGACAAGGAGCUGCAUGCAGCCAAGGUACAGCCGCACCUAAAGCGAGUGCCACAAUAUUUGCUUCCUUCUCAAGCUCGAGGAGGCCUAAACACGUUGCAACCUCAGUCUCAGCAGCAGCAACAACAAUAUGUGAGCGCACGAAAGAACAAUUCGAAUCGGAUUAAGAAACAACAGAGACAACAAAAAAAGAAGAGUAUUGGAGGAAGAAAGGGUGGAGACCCGUUGAGGUCGUUUAGGAGGUAG